GGCGCCAUUUUUACGUCACCGACUAUUGGUUCGGCAUGGUCGAUUCAGUUCAUGGAACUGCGCGCCACUAACCAAAGAAGAAGAAGAAUACUUGCAAGCUAGACUUUAAUCACAUGGAUGCAAAGAAAGCGACCGAAAAGAAGGUCGGUAAGAAGACCAACAAAAAGGUGCCGAAGAAAGAGCCAAAAGAUGCGUCUAAAAAUGUGAUGCGUGAAGUUCGAAUCCGGAAACUGUGCCUGAAUAUUUGUGUCGGUGAGUCUGGUGAUAGACUGACUCGCGCUGCCAAGGUCUUGGAGCAACUGACUGGCCAGCAACCUGUAUUCUCUAAAGCUAGAUAUACAGUGCGUUCUUUCGGAAUCCGUCGUAACGAGAAGAUAGCUGUGCACUGUACCGUGCGUGGUGCGAAAGCUGAAGAGAUUCUUGAGCGUGGCUUAAAGGUAAGAGAAUAUGAAUUAAGAAAAGAGAACUUUUCGGACACUGGGAAUUUUGGUUUCGGUAUUCAAGAACACAUAGACCUGGGUAUCAAAUACGACCCGAGUAUUGGUAUCUAUGGUUUGGACUUUUACGUUGUGCUGGGACGCCCAGGAUUCAAUGUAGCACAUAGAAGGAGGAAAACUGGUAAAGUUGGUUUCCAGCAUAGGCUUACCAAAGAAGACGCAAUGAAGUGGUUCCAACAGAAAUAUGAUGGAAUAAUCAUAGCUGGGAAAAAGUAAUACCUACGUUUUACGUGUGACUAAAUUAUAAAAUAUUCCAACAAAAAUUUAUUACAUUAUUUGAAUCACUUUUCACGUCGAAAUUUAAGAAAAAUGUCAAGCUUCUGUCGCGCCUGAUUCUCAAUCGGGAGAGAGUCAAAGGAGAACAAUGCACAAUGUAUUUUGUUCAAGUAAAAAACAAUAUGUAUUUUAUUUUUUAUCUUAGUACGUAUAUAUAUAUACAUUAAUAAAAAAUGGAAACUGUUUUACGAUCUAAUGCCAGGCGACGUAAUAAUAAUAAGCAACAAUGAUAUAAUACUCGAAGAAUCAAGUGCAUCUUUCAGUUUGAAGUCUCAAACAAAUGUUGUAGGCUACCGAGCAUAAUAAUUUCAAAAAACAAUAAUUAUGCAGUGUUGUACGAUCGAAUUUGCCAUUGCGUUGUAAUAAAUGUUUAUAAU